AAGGCCCUCUCAGUAGAGUACGAGUUGCAGCCAGAACUUGAUAAGCUGUGGUGACCUGAAGACUGAACAACAUUCUUCUGUUAUGGAACUUGAAGAAGUGAUACUAGAUGAUGACAGUGAGGAUGAAAUUAAUGAGGACGCUCAAGAGAUUCAAGAUCGAAGGAAAGUAUCUCUUCUUGAUGCGACCAACGAUGAGAAGCAGUUCAUACCUAUGUGGAAUGCAUUUGUUAAGAAACAUAGGGUGCUGGCAGAGGGUCACAUUAAUUGGGCAUUUGAAGCUUUCACAAAAUAUCAUUGCGCUGAUAUUGCUCAGUCCCCCGCAUUAACCUGGCGUUGGAAAGCGUUUAUGAUCAAACUAUCGAAUCAUGGUCUUCUAAAGGCACGGACCCUUAUUACAUGCAAUAUUCUUCUUGAACAAUACCGCAAGCUGAAUUCAGAUAUAUCCCAACAGCUAAAGAAAUUUCAGUUUUAAUCCCUUCAAAUCAAAAGAAAAAUAUGAGACAGAAAAAGACUUCUUGCUGCUACCGUUUUGCGGAAACUUCUUAGUUUUAAUUGCAGUCUUUGUUGUACUGUUAUUAAGUACCUCCGGUUGUUCCUUAAGGGGAUAAAAGUUUCAUCCCUUGGUCUCUUUUUCAGCGGCAUGGAGCUGAAGAAAUUCUUAAGCUACCUGAGUAUUUUUUUAAUUUUUUAUUUCUUAGAUAUCAAAAUUAAAUGGGAACUGGAUUGCCAAGCUCAUGAUAAAUUUUUUACAAUUUAAUGAA